AACGGAAGAGAAGCACGCGGUAUCGGACAAAGUUGGAUCGGUCGGUCGAUCGGACGAGAGACGACGAACGAUUCUCGUCGAGCAAUCGAGAACGACGCGACGCGAUCGCGCCGAUUCGAAACGCAUCGAAACGAGGUGCGUUUCCAUCUGUAGCGAACGACAAUUACGAUACCGUUUAACUUCCUCUACCCUGGAAACGUCACUUUCGUCCCGGUCAACGCCGAUAUUACCGCGUUACGUUAGCUCGAACAAAAAUGAAGAGGAUACGGGUUUUACGUGCCGAAGAUCGCAGGAAAUGGACAACGACGCGAGAUUUCCUAUACGGAGAUACACUAGUUAAGCAAUAGGUAACGCGAGAUAUCUAACGGUAACGACAACGGCGAUCCAGAAAAACCGACGAAUUCGACGAGUCCGGCGAAAGAGGCAGGAAAUCGCGGUCGAAAACAGGAUGCAAAAGCUUCUUCAAGAGAAGCGUCAGGAGAAACCUAAAUUACUCGUGUCGAGGAAAUAGGAACUGUCCCAUCGACCAACACCAUAGGAAUCAGUGCCAGCAUUGUCGAUUGAAAAAGUGCCUGAAGAUGGGCAUGCGCCGGGAAGCCGUACAAAGGGGUCGAGUGCCACCGUCGCAGCCAUCGCUACCAGGUUUGCCGGGACAGUUCGCCCUGACGAACGGUGACGCGGUCGCGUGUGCCAACUUGAACGGUCAUUCUUACCUCUCCUCGUACAUAAGUUUGCUGCUGAGGGCAGAACCGUAUCCGACCUCGCGAUACGGCCAGUGCAUGCAACAAAACAACAUCAUGGGAAUCGACAACAUCUGCGAGCUCGCGGCGAGAUUGCUGUUCUCGGCGGUCGAGUGGGCCAGAAACAUCCCGUUCUUCCCGGACCUACAAGUCACCGACCAGGUUGCCCUGCUCAGGCUAGUUUGGAGCGAGUUGUUCGUGCUAAACGCGAGUCAGUGCUCGAUGCCUCUGCACGUGGCGCCGCUGCUCGCCGCGGCCGGUCUUCACGCUUCCCCCAUGGCGGCGGAUCGCGUCGUCGCCUUCAUGGACCACAUCAGGAUCUUUCAGGAACAAGUGGAAAAGUUGAAGGCGCUACACGUCGACUCCGCGGAGUACAGUUGCCUCAAGGCCAUCGUCCUCUUCACCACAGAUGCUUGUGGAUUGUCGGACGUGGCGCAUAUCGAGUCCCUUCAGGAGAAGUCGCAGUGCGCCUUGGAAGAAUACUGCAGGACUCAAUACCCGAAUCAACCGACGAGAUUCGGCAAGCUGCUUCUUCGAUUACCCUCGCUGAGGACGGUGUCGUCGCAGGUGAUCGAACAGCUGUUCUUCGUUCGACUGGUCGGGAAAACGCCGAUCGAGACGCUGAUCAGGGAUAUGCUGCUCAGCGGUAGCAGCUUCAACUGGCCGUACAUGUCCACGAUGUGACAUUCUGUCUGGCGACAGCUAGCUUCCGCGUAAUACCCUCGCGUCAUUUCCCAUCGCCUCGUCCCUCUUCGUCGUCGUCGUCGUCGUCCCUUCGCCUCUCCGUCGUACGAGCACCGUCGCUCGCUUCGCGCCACUUUCCAACGAUUCGCCAAGCAUUCGCGGCUCCCCUGGCCUCCGAAACGGUGUCGAGGAAACGAACCGCGCGCGACGGUCCGACGAGUCGGCGAAUCUGGACGAGGACGAGCGAACGUCCAACAGGCCGAAGAGAACGAUGCGAGGCAGCGAUAAAGACGCCGCGAAGGUCGCGGUUCCAGCUUUUUCGAAGCACGCGAUCGAUCGCGCUACGGACGAAAGGAAAGACGCGAGCUCGCGUGUUUCGCCAGACCUUUUUCUCUGGAAUUGCAUCCAGGCGUCCCGGCGCUCGAGAAGCCGGGAAAGCGUUCGAGCUCGAACGCAGGAAAGAGAAGAAACGGGGGAAAGGACGAAAGGCAACGCGGAAUCGAGACGAAGAGCGGCGUGGAAGGGGGAAACGCGGCGCGAAGAAAUCAUAAAUUAGCAUUUGUAAUCGACGGCAGGGGAUCUGGUAGAUCCUUCGCUGGCCGCUAUCUUGCAUCGAUCUCGCGUCGAGUAAUUGCCGUUAGUCGAGUCACGCCGAAACCCUUAGUCACUCGUUUCGACGUUUCGUCGUCCGCGUUCGUUCCACCUUUCUUUCACCGUCUUUCGCGUUUCUUCUUUCUUAAUCCGCUCUCUCGCGCUUCGCGACCACGUUUCGCGCUACUCCAUCGAAAUUCACCGAAGCCACCCAAUUACACGGACCACUCUCCGCGUCUUUCCCUCGGAACGUCUCGAUUCCGUGCCACGAGUUUUCCAACGCGCGAUUUCUUCUCUUUCUUAAAGACCGUCUACGACGUCGCGGACCGUCUUACCGAUAGACACGCCGGUAACGAGUAACGCGGUGCACGAAUCGAGCAAUCGUUUUCUCCAACGGAGAGAAACUCGUUUUCCACAAACACCGAAAGCAAUUUGCCAAUUAUCGUGCGAUCGGUCGUCGUUUUACCUCGUCGAGAUACUCUCCCGUGCAAAAGGUUUUCUUUCCUCCGCGUUGCGUCUCGCGACUCUCGCGAAGUUCGUACGGCGAAACGCGCGUUCGAACGAAUAAAAUUCGCGAGAUCGAGCCGAAUGCACGCGAUCCGUUCGCAGGUUGUUUCUUCCUUCCACCUUCCAUCGAGACGACGAGGCGAGUGAUCGCGUCGCGUACCUAUCUUCCGGUCGACGUCUACCUCUCGAUUCGUAUCGUAUUCGCUUUCGCGGAUUCCCUAUCGCGUGCAUUUUCGCUGGCCGAACGACCAUCUCGUUCGGCGAGGAAUCGGCGGGCCGAUGUCCGUUCCGAUUCGGUCUCGCAGUUUGCAGGAGUCGCGACCCGCUCGAAGAACGCGUUCGGAAACGACGCGACCAGCCGAGAACGAACAAAUAUAUUUUUCUUCCGCGAAUAUGUUCGACCGAUCGCUGGUCGCCCGUCGUUUGUUAAAUUCGCGAUAGCGCCGAUAGCGCGACAGCGUCAACGAUGGACACGGUAAGAAACGAUUGCGAGGAAACUCGGCGAACGCAAUGUGAUAUACGCGUACGUCGAAAUUGAAAUCCGAUUUCUCGACACACGGUGCUUUUUUACGUUAUGAAUACUGUACGCUGUAGCCAGGCUCGAUGCGCUGUACAGAGUUUGCCGAGACGUCGAACGACAAAUCGUUCGAAACGAGCGAAAUUAUCGAAUAGCGCGCUACGAUAAGUAUGUGGCGAUGUCGAACUCUAGUUACUUAGACAACCAUUUAAGGGUAUAUGGGAUAUUUCUAAUAUUUUUAAGCAGCGAUCGUUUCUUAAAUGCGCACGCGCACCCAUACAAACACAGACAUACACACACACAAACACACAAACA